UCACAGUAAAAAAUUCGAUUCGGUUUGUAAUUGAAAAUGCCGGCUGGAGUUUCGUGGUCACAGUACAUCAAAUUCUCCAUAGCAGCCUUUUUAGCGAUGUCAGCUGGCUCGCAGACGGUUCAUAUUUAUUACAAGCCAUUGAAUGACUUGAAUGUUUAUGUUGAAAAGGAAUUGGAGGCACACAGUAAGAGUUAAUCGGAACGGAUGUUAGAAAUUUCAUGAACAUGGAAACCGGUCGUAAUAAAACGUUAGAUGAAGGU